UGUUAUUUUAACCAAUUAGUAAUCAUAUAAGAUAAAUAUUUAUAUAUGUGUGUAAAAGUUAGGAUAGAUUUCCAAAAAUAAUUUGAAAAGGUAAAUUUGAAAAUGUUAUCAAAUUUGUGGUAAAAUUAGAGUUUCCUCUAUUAAGUACGUAUUAAUGUUGCCAAAAACUUAUUAUAUGCAAAAAAUCUUUAUACGUUUCGAGGUGGAAAAUAAAUUUUAGAUACUAUAUUUUUUCUCUUUCUCUAUUUACUUACUUUGUACGAAAAAUGCUUCACUAAAAUAGUGAUAUAAUUAAUACUGUCACACUGAUAAUCCUUGAACGUAAAACUUAUCCUGGACAAUAAUGAAAAAGACACAAAAAGGAAAAAAAAUAUAGAGAAAAGAGAACCGGCAAAGAAAGGAGACAAAAAUAGAAAAUAUAAAAAUAUAAAAAUAAUUACUGUUCUUUCAUCAUCUCGGGAUAUAAAACUAGCAUUAUCGCAGGUUUUUAAGAUGGUUUUAGGAAGAAAAGUACUGCGCAGGUCCCACCAUUUUAGAAAAAACUGAUAACAAAAGUUGUGAAAAAGUGAUCGAUUUUUGCAUGUUUCUUGUACUGUUUGCGGACCCCACAUAUACGUGACGGUCCGCGAUUGGUUACUUUUUUUAAUUUUUUUUUUAAAUUCUUUUUUAAUCAGAUAAAAAAAAUUAAGAAACCCAAAAACAAGUUUACCGAUAAUCCUGCUCUAACAUUUUCCUAUUUCCACUAAAAUAUGAUUCAGUAUAACUUACAAAAAAGAAACAAAAUAGAAAAUAGGAUGGCACACAUUCAAAGUAACAUAUAAUGCAUGUUUCAACCUCUUCAGGAAAAUUAACGAAAAUUUAGAAAACAGUUUCCAAGGAAAACGUAUUUUAAAAUUAAAUUUGGAGGCACUUUAUUACUGAAAAAUCAAGAAUUGAAGUAGAAUAAAAUCACAAAUUUACUGAAAAUUAUGACGUCUACAAUAAAUAAAUAUUGUUUGUCUGUGUAUAUAUAAACGUCUGUGUUAAUUUGUGUUUCUGAGUGUGAGUAAACUUGUUUCUUUAACAUCAAACUUGAGAUUCAUAUCAUCUAGGGAGUCUUUCUAGCUUCGAUAGUGACUCUAUUGUGUUAAAAGAUGAAGCAGCGACCACGAAAUGAUUACAUGAGAGUGAAUAGGACUAGGACUGGCAAGUACACUCGAAAGAGUAUUUUCGAUCAAGUACACACUAACGCUAACUCCAUACCUCAGCAGCCACGGCAACCGCAACUUAAAACGCAAGUGUACAUCAUUGACAAGGAAGACUUCAAAAGCAUUGUUCAGCAACUAACGAGUAAUCAAUCAUGUGAGUUUUUACCUCAAAACCUUCCAAAUCGUCAGAAGAGUAGACCAGAGCCGACCUCACCUGUUCCUCUCAAUGCCACAGGGGUUCAUGUCUCAUCGCAUAUGGGGUAUAUUGAAAGCUUACUUGAAGAAUCAUCGGACUCUGAUGGUGACAACUUCCAACAAUCAUUUGAUGAGAAUCAAUCUCAUAUACAACCUCAGCUAUAUUCAAAUGGUGACAAUUUCCAACAAACAUUUGAUGAGAAUCAAUCUCAUAUGCAACCUAUGUCAUAUUCCAAUGGUCUUAAACCGGUCAUGACCACUACUUUACCCACUCCUUGGUUCAAUGGUUCUCCUCAACAAAUAGACAGUUCUUACUCAUUGCAUUCAACAAGAGCUGAGUAUCCUCAACCAUUGACUCCAAACUUCACAUUUUCGUCUGUGACUCAACCUGGAUUUUUCGAUCUGGACCUAGGACGAUUUUAGCUCCUAAGUUCCAUGUUUUUGAUUGCUAUCACCACUCGGCUUUCCCUCCAUCUUCAGAUUUUCCAGGACAGAAUAUUCCCAUUAAACACGAAAUAAGCUAGUUUGAAUAAGAGAGGUUUAGCUAGAGUGAUUUGCUAAGCUUUAGUUCGUACGAUUAUGAUUAUCAUAUUACUGUCUUGUAUGAAGUUCCGUUUGGCUUAUCAGUGAAAUCAAUCAACUCUUUUUGUCUCUUCUAAGCGAUUUUGUAGACAAACUGUAACGACCAUGACCCGGCUUCUCUUUAAACCGGCAUUGGUUUAAUUCAAAUUAUAAUUAAUUAUCUAUAAAACCAAACCAAUCUAUAUUUUCUUUUAUUAUUAAUCGUGUAUAUAUGUCUCUAUACCACAUAUAUACACGAUUAAAAGAACGUGAGCAGCCUCCCCUAAUUUAUUUAUCUCUCUCUCCAUAUCUACUUCUUCCUCUCUUAUCAUUAUCUUCUUCUCCAUUGCUUCAUCGAUCCAUGACUUUCCUUUGUGGUUUCUAUGUUCGAGCGUGGAGACGAGACAACCGGGACGGAGCCACCGUCUCACCAUCACCGUGCUGUCCACACCAUCAUUAACCGUGAGCCUCUAGAGACAUGUCAUGCCAUCGGAGCUCCAGAUCCACCAUCACGAUUCAAGCCGUGAAGGUUGGCUGCAGUUUUAUUUGUUUCUUGUGUCACAAGCUAUAUCCUUGAUUGAUGAACCUAAGAACUAAUUUUUUAUUUACUUUUCCUCGUAUUUGUGUUGUCAUGUUGGUCGUGUUUUGGUCCGUGUUGCAUCACUGACGGAAACACAUCACGGGACUACUGCCAUGGCCGCUUGCCGUUGAUCACAUUCCGGUCCCGUGACCAUUUUGGACACGAGAUCUUUUGUUCCUUGUGAUCACUCACGAACUUGGUUUGCUUGGGUUGGUUUCAAAUCAAUUAUGGUUUGACUCUAAACCAUUGCUAAGGUGAGCAUAACGAGUAGUUGGAUAUGUGGAUGGAUUAGUGUCUUGGGAUCGGUGUAUUUUAUUUCGGUUUUAAUUAACUUUUCGAUUUAAUGUAUUUGGUUUUAAAUUAUAAACUCGUUUUAUUAGAAAAUUAUCAGAUUAAAAAAUUUGACAUUUUAUUUGGUUUUAUAAAUUGGUUUAAUUUGA